AUGCCCUCCCUGCGCGCCAUCGCGUCACAGGGUGCCGGGGUGGACCACGCGAUGCGCCCCGGGCUCAUACCUCCAGGGGUGGACGUUGUGCGUGUGGUGGACCCUCUCAUGGCUCAGAGGAUGGCCACCUGGGUCAUGUGGGCUGUCAUCAAUUUCCAGCGCAAAAUGGAUCUGUACGGCAAGGCCCAGGCAGAGCGCAGGUGGGACAAAAAGAUUGAGAACCUGAAGCCCUGGGACAACGGCGAGGUGCGGGUGGGCAUCCUGGGAUAUGGAGUCAUGGGCCAGGCCACCGCACGGCUGCUGGCAGCGGCUGGAUAUGACGUGGCUGCGUGGGCCAGGAAACCCAGGACAAAGCUGCAGCAGCAGCAGCAGCAGGCGGAAGCGGAAGCGGGAACGGGCGCAGCUGCCUCGACCGCUAAUGCUGGAAGCCGAGGCAGCAGCAGUGGCAGCUGCAGCGACAUUGGCAGCGGGAGCGGUGUUCCCGACGUGGCGGUGUACGCGGGGGAUCGUGGGGAGCUGCGGCGGUUUGUAGAGCGCAGUGAUGUGUUGGUGUGCCUGCUGCCGCUUACGCCGGAAACCCUAGGCAUCCUCAGCUCCGAGCUUCUCAGUUGGUUACCCCCGGGGGCCACAGUCAUCAAUGCGGCCCGGGGCCGGCACCUGGAUGAGGAGGCGCUCAUCAGGGCACUGGACGAGGGCAAGUACACCGGAGUGUGGGUCCGGGGAAAGGAGAGGAAGGGGGGAGGGGAGGGGUGGCCGCUUGCACGGAUAACGCUGCUGUGGGACUGUGCGGACGCUGGUGGUCGACUGGGUGGAGCUGUCCUGGACGUGUUUGCCACGGAGCCGCUGCCCCCCGACUCGCCCCUGUGGUGCCACCCGCGAGUGCGCAUCACACCGCACGUGUCCUCCAUAACGGAUGUACCGAACGCGGUGGCCCAAAUUGCGGACAACUAUCGUCGGCUGGUUUCGGGGCUGCCUUUGAUCAACGUGGCAAAUAAGACCGCCGGGUACUGA